AUGGCUACGGCACGGCAACCACAUGGCAACGGCACAGAAACCACAUGGCAACGGCACAACAACCACAUGGCAACGGCACGGCAACCACAUGGCAACGGCACGGCAACCACAUGGCAACGGCACAACAACCACAUGGCAACGGCACAACAACCACAUGGCAACGGCACAACAACCACAUGGCAACGGCACGGCAACCACAUGGCAACGGCACGGCAACCACAUGGCAACGGCACAACAACCACAUGGCAACGGCACAACAACCACAUGGUAACGGCACAACAACCACAUGGUAACGGCACAACAACCACAUGGCAACGGCACAGCAACCACAUGGUAACGGCACAACAACCACAUGGUAACGGCACAACAACCACAUGGCAACGGCACAGCAACCACAUGGCUACGGCACAGCAACCACAUGGCAACGGCACGGCAACCACAUGGCUACGGCACAGCAACCACAUGGCAACGGCACGGCAACCACAUGGCAACGGCACAGCAACCACAUGGCAACGGCAUGGCAAAACCACAUGGCAACGGCACAACAACCACAUGGCAACGGCACGGCAACCACAUGGCAACGGCACGGCAACCACAUGGCAACGGCACAACAACCACAUGGCAACGGCACAGUAA